AUGCUAAUAGCAAAAGAGAUCGCCGCCAAGUAUGGCCACGGUGGCAGAGAUUUAAUGAAACAGUACCAAAAAACAUCUAUACGUAUCGUUAAGACAAACAACCGCGUUAAAUUUCUACUACAAUGCAGAAAGUGUAAAAUUAUACCGGUAUGUUUAAAUUACAAGGUUCACAUUAAUUUGAACAGUGAGACAUCGAUUCGUGAGUUCGAACGAAUUAUUUUCAAACAAAAAAUACGAAUACUAAGCAUCAUGAUAGCAGACGCGAAGCGAACGGUAGUGGAGUUGAAAAAGAAGAAAGACUUUCUUGUGUUGAAAAUGGGUAGUGUGUACGAGAGCGCUGAUCUGCUAAAAGUAAAACAAACUAUCAACACGAAGUGCGCAGUGGUAUGCAACAUCGUCCAGACGAAAGAGAAGAGGAAAAUAGAAACACUAAAAUCCCGCAAAGUAAGCGCACUAACUGGAAACUCAGAGUGGAUAGUAAACACCACUAACACACAGAUCCCACCGUACUUAGAACGAAUCUUAAUGCUUGGCCCAAACUUCAAUAUACAGAACAAGCAAAAUACUCCAUACAUAGAGGUAGCGUCAGAAAUUGAAAAAAGCAUAAGAUUCAAGCAGAAUGCGGACGAUAUUAGAGCAGAAAUCUCGAACAUCAUGGUUAACCACAUUAACUACCAAAUGCAACCGCGAAAUCAUGAAAAUGAUUGGAUUCGGAAAGACGCACAACAUAGCAAGGGAUUUCUCAAAGAGCACCCAGAAUUGCUAAUAUCGAAAGCAGACAAGGGUACCCAAACCGUUAUCUUGUCUGCACAAGAAUAUCGGGAAAAAAUGAGUGAAAUGCUAGAGGACCAAACCACGUAUCAGAAACUGCAAACCGACCCAACAAACAAAAUUCAGAAGAAAGUUAAUGCUUUUGCGGACGAGUGGCUGGAGAAAAAGUACAUCGAAAAACGCAUACACGCAAAACUCAAAAUGUCCAGCAGCGAGCCGCCUCGCAUAUACGGGUUACCCAAAAUACACAAAGAAAACAGACCACUAAGACCAGUAGUGUCUACCAUCGGUUCUGCAACGUACAACCUGGCAAAAAUGCUGACCGAUGCCAUAAGCAGCACUGUUGGACAAACCAUACAUCAUGUGAGGAACAGCUUCGAAUUUGCAAACGAGAUCACGCGAGAGGAAUUCCCUACCGACGGUAUUUUGUUCUCAUUGGACGUUAAGUCUCUAUACACUAACGUGCCAAUUGAGCUUGCGUUGGACUGCUUAGACGAAAGGUGGAAUGCGAUAAACAAAAAUACAAACAUCGACAGAACGAGCUUCUUGGCAGCGGUAAAGCUAGUGUUGGAAUCGACUUACUUCGUGUAUGAUGGACACUACCACCAGCAACACUAUGGGGUACCAAUGGGAAGUCCCCUCUCGCCUGUGAUUGCUAACGUAGUAAUGGAAAGGUUAGAACAGGAGAGUACGCACUCACUACAAGGAAAGCAGGUUCCGCUUCUAUACUACCGCCGAUAUGUGGAUGACUGUUUGUGUGUUGCGAAAGAAGAGCAUAUCCAAGCAAUCUUGGAUACGUUUAAUGCAUUUCAUGAACGGCUUGAGUUUACCAUAGAAAGAGAACAGCAAGGUAGGAUCAAGUUUCUGGAUAUGAUGCUAACUCGGGAAAAUGGAAAGGUUCGGACAAAUUGGCUGCCCAAACAAACCAAUGGAAGAUAUCUAGAUUAUACGUCAGAAAGUCCGUUUCAACAUAAAUGUAAUACAGUAAUUGCAUUAUAUGAUAGGGCAAUUAAACUAACAAACAUAAAUGAUCGUCCGGCAGCAAUACAGACAGCAACAAAAAUUUUAGAGGGCAACAGUUAUCCGGAUUGGUUCACACGAAAAUUGUUAAAACAGCGCGUACAUAAACACUAUAACACAAUCGAGAAUGAAGUUAAAAAUGAUGUAGAAGUAAAAUAUAUGUCCACACCAUAUGUACCAGGCCUAAGUGAAAAAAUUUCAAAAACGUUAAAAAAGAAUAAUUUAAUAGUUGCUACAAAACCUAGGGACAAAAUAAAAAACAAAAUAUUCAGUAAGCUAAAAGACCCGAUUCCAACUACAAAACAAAAAAAUGUUAUAUACUCUAUACCGUGUGGAGCAGGAGAUAACAGGGAAUACAUAGGGCAGACAGGCAGAAGGCUAGAUACACGAAUAGCGGAACAUAAAAAUGACGCUAAAAAAUCAGAAGCUAGAACGGGAUUAGCACUACAUACAAUUCAAGAAGGACAUAUUUUUGACUUCGAAAAAACGCGCAUUCUAGAGAAAAUUGAAAAUAAAGAUACUAGACUUACAGCAGAGAUGUUCCAUAUUAAAAUGAGAGGACAAGAACGGACAGUUAAUUUACAACGAGAAUGCGGGAAUUUCAACGACACAUACAACGGACUAAUGACUAAACUACGACUACUAGAAGAAAGGAAGAAACGAUAG